CAAGUGAUCAACUCAUGAUUUACUCCACCAACCUAAUUAAUUAUCAUAUUAAUCUUCUCUUGUUUGAUGCAUAUCACAUGCCCAUCUCUUUCUUAUUAUUUGUAAUAAGAUAUACAACUCCACAUUAUAUUAUAUAUUCAGCGCCUUGGGAUGGAUAUAAGCACAGUCUCACCCAAAACUCCCACAAGAAAUAAUCCCAUGGAAGAAAACCACCACAAAAAAACCAGCUCUAGAGAAGACAUCUUCUCCUUUCCUAGCACCCCAAGUACUCUAGAUCAAGAUUCUGAUUUCGAGUUCGGUUGUCUAACGCCGGAUUCUCCCUCUAGCGAUCCAAACAAGAGUUCACCAGCUGAUCAUCUUUUCUUCAAUGGCCGCCUGUUGCCACAUUCUUUUCCUGUACUUCAACAACAACCAGCAACUAUGCUAUUUAUUGAUAACAUUUAUCGCGCACCUAGCAGAGCAAGCAGUGUCAGCAGCAAGGAUUCCCUCAUGUCAUCAAGAAGUAAUAGCACUAAUAGUAGUAGAAGCAGUGUUAGCAGUGCGAGAACAAGCUCAAGUGACAAUUCAGAGAGGAGAAGAUUGUAUAAUAUUACUAGCAGCCAAACACCCUUGGCUAGUAAAGCUGUUAUAGCACAAUUAUAUGGAUCUUCUCAAAGGUGGCAACAUAUCAUGCCUGUACCAGCUGCAGCUUUGAAACGCGCGGAUUCACGAAGAAAAAGUGGCCGGAUUUUGGUGAAAGAAGGGUUGAGCAACAACAAGAAACAAAUAAAGAAAGGGAAAAGAGACAGGUCUGGGUUUUGGAGGAGAUUUUUCAGGUCAUUUUUGGUAGCCUGUAGAGAAUGUCAUGCCAUGGAACCAUCCACAAAGGAUGACAUAUUGGACGGAAAUAUCAAGUUAUGAUUUAUAAUAUAUAUUUAAUACGAAUGUGGUUUUUUUUUUCCCCCUUAAGAGGGGUAUUGAUUUAGCAUAAGAUUUGCUUGUAAUUUUAUUGUGUGUAAUAAUUAAUGAUAUUCUAUAAUUUAUUUUUCUAAA